AUGAAACACUCAGAAAAAAUGAUCUAUGUUCAAGUGUUGAUAAUGAUAAUGGCGAUGUGGUUCGUUCCCAUGAGUUAUGGUCAAGAAGCCGAAGCACCCGAUGUUAAGAAUCCAACCAAUUCAAUCGACACUGCUUGGUACGACGCACGAGCCACAUUUUACGGUGACAUCCAUGGUGGAGACACUCAACAGGGAGCUUGUGGAUACGGUGACCUAUUCAAACAAGGCUAUGGUCUAGCUACAGCAGCGUUAAGCACGGCACUCUUCAACGACGGGUACACAUGCGGUGCGUGUUUUGAGAUCAUGUGCGCGAAUAAUCCACAAUGGUGUUUGCCCGGAUCCAUCAAGAUCACCGCUACAAACUUCUGUCCAGCAAAUUACAGCAAAACCCAAGACAUUUGGUGCAACCCACCACAGAAACACUUCGAUCUCUCCCUAGCCAUGUUCCUCAAGAUCGCUCAGUACAAAGCCGGGGUUGUCCCAGUUAGAUACAGACGUAUUCCUUGUGUGAAAACAGGUGGUGUCAAGUUCGAAACUACAGGAAAUCCAUACUUCUUGAUGAUCUUGCCAUACAAUGUAGGAGGAGCUGGAGAUAUUAAGUAUGUGCAAAUUAAGGGAAACAAUACAGGGUGGAUAACAAUGUCAAAGAACUGGGGACAACAUUGGACCACUAAUGUUGUAUUGGUCGGCCAAGGUUUAUCGUUCAGGGUUACGACAAGUGACGGGAUUACAAAAGAAUUUUGGAAUGUGGUGCCAAAGAACUGGGGUUUUGGGCAGACGUUUGAUGGAAGGAUUAACUUUUAA